CACAAUUUGUAUUACAGUCGUAGAUAAGUUGACUACAGUUCAAUAACUUUUUCACAUUUGAAAACAUUAACUGAAGAAGACAAUAAGAAAUAAGAAAUUGGAAAAGAAAUACUUCAGGAGUGAAUAUGGAGAUAAUGUCCACAUAUAAUUCGAAGUGUGAAUCGUUGAAAUUUUACACUUAUCUAUGCCAAAAUAUUGGAUCUGACGAAGUUGUGAAAAUUCGGAGAUUAGCUUUCACUAUUUUGGAUUUGGGACAAUCAUUUGGUCAUAAAACAAUAACCAGUGGAAGUAAAGGUGAAGGACUUGAUUUGAAAGGCAGUGAUUUGGAUAUAAUGGCUCUCUGUCCAUUUUUUAAGGUGUAUGAAUCAGAAAAAGAAGUUGUUCUUGAUGGUCUGACAAUUCCCUUAGUUAUGGUCACUGAUGAGACCCAUCCAUGUUUUACACAAUUAUGUCGUCUAAAUCACCAUGGAGUAUAUAACCUUUGGGAUUUGUGUUUUAAAGAAAUACCUUUGUGGCAAAAGCAUCCUCUUGGAUACAUGCUUUCAAGUGAACAGUACCAACUGCUAAUUAUGUCACUUGCUGGUCUCAAACUUGCUGAACUCAAACUUCCAAGUUUAGCGAAAACGCAUGGCCCGUGUCUAACAAGUUUCGAUGACCAAUUAGAUAAGGUAGUGUGCCUUAAAUGUGAUCAAUGGCUAUUUCAAACACAGCCAUGGAUUAGAAGACCACGUACUGCAUGGCCAUCACCUGAAAUCAUAUCAAAAAUAAUAUCUUGUGGCGUGCUAUUUGUUCCAAUUGGAUGCAAAGGAUCAGCAAAUGAAAAUCUGGAAUGGCGAAUUUCAUUUUCUGUUGCAGAAAAGUUUCUUAUAUAUUCUUUCAACCAUACACAAUUCUUAUGCUAUGGUCUGUUAAAAAUUCUGCUGAAGGAAAUAGUAGAGAAACAUGAAGAUUUGAAAGGUUUAUUGUGUUCAUAUUUUUUAAAAACAUUAAUGUUUUGGAUGUCAGAAGAAACAGAUCCAAAUUUAUGGCGACCAGAUAAUAUGAUACCUUGUUUCAUGGCAUGUCUACAGAGAUUACUGUACUGUGUCAGAUAUUCAAUCUUGCUACAUUUUUUUAUUUCUGACAAUAAUUUUUUCUACUCACGGUUCAAUGCUAUGAACAAAAAAAAAUUAGAAACCAUACUUUCAAAUUUAUAUGAGCGAGGAAUUAAUUGUUUUGCUUCUUCUGAUACCCUAAAAGACUAUCAAAGCCAAUACUACAAAGUCACGCAUCUUUUAACACGAUUAAAUUUUAAAACAUUUGAACUAUUUGUGGAUUUAUCAAAUUUAAAGAAAAUACAUAUACUAUAUCAUUGUCUACAUCAUUCCAGAACUGGUUCAUGUCAAAGUCUAUUUGCAUUGUAUUUAUCAAAGUCAUGUUGGUUUGUUCCACAUGCUUCAAAUUAUCUUUAUACAUGUUAUAACUCAGAAAACAAACAUCAAUACUCGAAGUACAAAUAUGAUCUCAGUCAUUUAUUGAUAGGUGUACAUUCAGAUGCAGUGACAGGAUGGCUGACUUUAGCUUCAUAUUUCUAUGUUAAAAAAAAUUACGUUGCCUCAUUGAGAUUAAUAAAUUAUGCGUUGCAGAAAUACACAGAUGAGAAAAUUUUUACUGGAUCUGGAUUCACCAAAUAUGAGUUAACAUUUAUCCAAAAACAUGUUCUAAAUCUGAUGAAAACAGAAAAGUUGUAUUCAGUAUUAAGAUCAUUGAGAAUUGAAACUCUUACAUUUGGCCCUAAGUCAUCAAUAAUUCCACAAGAAUUACAACUAGAUGUUACAAAGAGCCGUACAUGUUAUAGUUCUUUACCAUUUGCAUAUUUCCUUGGUUUCUUAUGUAACUACCAUCUACAUGACAUCACAUCAUAUAGACGUUACUUACAACAACUUAUACUAACAAAGACAAAAGAUAGUAUUCAUGUAAAUUUAUAUAGAGUGAAUACAGCUAUUAUGUGUGGCGUAGCUCAUCAGUUAAUUGGUGAGGCAUAUUUUGCUAAAGGAUUGUUUCAGGAAGCUGCUAGGCAAGAUAAGUACAACUUUACCAGUGCAGCAACAAGGUUGUCUAGACUCACAUGAUGCUGAUGGAUGUAACGCGUCUUUUGAUUGGCUGACAGUGUAUUGUCUAUCAGCUCAUAGACAUAAUUUUGUCAUGUGACCGUGACGUCACCAAAGUUUUUUUAUGAUUUACCCCGACUUAAAAUUAUAAGGAUUGACAGAAAUUUUUUUUCUGUCGAAUCGAAAUAACAUAAAAAUGUGGUGCACACUUUGAAAUAACACGCUUCGCGGAAUAUUCAGUGUGCACCUAAUUUUUGACGUUAUUUCUUCAUAGACAGAAAAAUUAUUACAGUCAUUCCUUAAUCAUGGCUAUUAAAUUUUUUUAAAAUGCAUGAUACAUUAGAUUUCUAUCUUCUAUUUACUUACCGGAAAUCUCGAGAUUCUCUUAGUCAUGUGACAUUAUUUUCAUAAUAAUUGGGAAGACUGAUUAUUUUUUAAACAUAUUUCUUGCUUUUAAGACUAA